AUGGGCAUGGAGUUCAUACAUCCCCGGCUGCCCGAAAAGUCGUACGCCGGCUCGCGCUACUACCGUGAGUUCAUCUCGCGCAUCCGCCGCGACGAGGACGCUGGCCGCUACGAACACCUCGAGGACUACCCCUACGACAUCCUCGUCGACGAUGACCUGGGCAUCCGCUUGUACCACGCCGGUAUCAACCCCUACGACCAGGAGCACUUUCGCCACCAGAUCUACCUCGUCGUCACCCCUAACGGCAAGGUCAGCAAGAUAUGCCCUGCCGACUCGGUCGUCGCCUCGGCCCUGACGCUGCAGUGGACCCGCCGCGGUGACCUUUGCAACGCCCUGCUGCUGUCCAUCAAGUCGUUCGGCCAGUGCACUUUUGCCUACAGCGGCGACAUGAGCCGCAACAAGUGCGGCUGGUGCGGCCACAACAUGCGCACCCUGCUGUGGAGGAACAACGCCUGGAAGUGGGUUGCCUACCGCCCCGGUCGCCGUCUAGAGGAGGGUGAGAGGCACUGCUGCGGCCUCAACGUCACCAUGAAGAAGUACCAGUGCUGCAAGUGCCGCGACCCCGAUAACGCCCUCAUGUCUCCCCUCGACCGCGAGACGGCCGCCGAGCUACCCCAGUCGGUCCUGCCCGUCCACCCCGAGGGAUACAAGAGGCUCAACACCCCCGUCGCCAACGUCAAUCUGUUUUCGACCCCUCCCAAUGCCUCGCCCAAGCAGCCCUCCCGCUUCGAGGCCAGCAGCCCGCCCCCCGUCAACAACAUCCACCUCAACUUCUACGGGAACAACCACGUCUACCAGAGCCCUCCCGCCGGCUCUGGCUGCCUCAGCAGCAGCGCCCCGGUUUGGAGCUUGAGCAUGUCUCAGCUGGACGACAUUGACAGGCGCACAACGAAUCUGAUCGACUUCAGCGCCUUGACCUCGGCCAUGGCCGCCGGUGACCCACCUGCGGUUUCUCGAGUCCAGGAACUCUCCGACUCGUCGGGCCCCAGCUCUCCAAAAAGCCCCAAGCCCCGCAAGUACGCAAGCCCCAGGGUUGAAGACGAUAUCACCGAGGCCGCCGAUCUCAAGGGCGCACGUCGGCGCAUGUCGGACCUAGUGCUCGGCAUAUGA